AUGUAUAUCUUUAUUGUAAUCAUUAUUUACACAGUAUCAUCAAUUAAAAUUAAAAGAAAUAUCUAUUAUAUAAAUAAUAAUAUAUUAAAAAAUUUAUAUUCAAAUACAAACAUAUUAAAAAGCCAUAAUAAAAUAAAUAUUACAAAGGAAGAAAACUAUUUGAAAAAGUUGCAUUCAAACAUAUCAAAAAUAGGAAAUAACAUAUAUAAGAAUAUUAACCCUUUUAAUAUUGCAGUAACCAUAUUUACAUUUUGUUCACUUAUAGGUUUGCUUUUCAAGGAUUUAAUCAAAGGAAAGAAAGACAACAUUAAAAGUAAUCAAAGUAAUGACGAAAAUUUAUUUAAAUAUAUGUGUGCAAAAUGUAAUUUGGUAAUUUAUCCAGCAAAAGGAAGAGAACAAAAAUUCUUAAAAGAUGAUUACAUUUGCCCAAAUUGUGGAAAGUCAAAUAUGGACAAACAUAACCUUAUAAAAAAAUAG